GAGGCCACAGCCGGUGGAGGCAAGGCGGGUGCAGGGUGUGUGGGGAGGGAGGGAGGUGCCAGCACUCCAGCCCUGAGGCCCUGCUGGCCCCUGGGCGGAGGCCCAGCUCCGGCUCCCAGGAAUGGACCUCGUGGGCCCCGACAUAUUUAAUAGGGACCCUCGGGACCACUACGACCUGCUGCAGCGGCUGGGUGGUGGCACCUAUGGAGAAGUCUUCAAGGCUCGAGACAAGGUGACGGGGGACCUGGUGGCACUGAAGAUGGUGAAGAUGGAGCCUGAUGAUGAUGUUUCCACCCUUCAGAAGGAAAUCCUCAUCUUGAAAACUUGCCGGCACGCCAACAUUGUGGCCUACCACGGGAGUUAUCUCUGGCUGCAAAAGCUCUGGAUCUGCAUGGAAUUCUGUGGGGCUGGUUCUCUUCAGGACAUCUACCAAGUGACAGGCUCCCUGUCAGAGCUCCAGAUCAGCUACGUCUGCCGAGAAGUUCUCCAGGGACUGGCCUAUCUGCACUCACAGAAGAAGAUACACCGGGACAUUAAGGGAGCCAACAUCCUCAUCAAUGACUCUGGGGAGGUCAGACUGGCUGACUUUGGUAUCUCAGCUCAGAUCGGGGCAACGCUGGCUCGACGCCUCUCUUUCAUUGGGACACCUUACUGGAUGGCUCCAGAAGUGGCUGCCGUUGCCCUGAAGGGGGGAUACAAUGAGCUGUGUGACAUCUGGUCUCUGGGCAUCACAGCCAUAGAACUAGCAGAGCUACAGCCACCGCUCUUUGAUGUGCACCCUCUCAGAGUUCUCUUCCUCAUGACCAAGAGUGGCUAUCAGCCUCCCCGGCUAAAGGAAAAAGGCAAAUGGUCUGCUGCCUUCCACAACUUUGUUAAAGUCUCCCUUACCAAGAACGCCAAGAAACGACCCAGCGCCACCAAGAUGCUCAGUCAUCAACUGGUAUCCCAGCCAGGGCUAAAUAGAGGCCUGAUCCUGGAUCUUCUUGACAAACUGAGGAACCCAGGGAAGGGGACUCCUGUUGGUGAGACUGAAGAUGAGGAGCCUGAGCCACCCCCUGCCAUCCCUCGGCGGAUCAAAUCCACCCACCGAUCCAGCUCGCUGGGGAUUCCAGAUGCAGAUUGUUGUCGACGGCACAUGGAAUUCAGGAAGCUCAGAGCAAUGGAGUCCAGAUCUGCAGCUGACACUGCUCUCUUACAGCCCCCUGAAGACUUCAGGAGCAGCAGUCCUAGGAGGCACCUGUCGGAGUCUGAUGAUGACUACGAUGACGUGGACAUCCCUACCCCUUCAGAGGACACACCUCCUCCACUGCCCCCCAAGCCCAAGUUCCGUUCUCCAUCGGAUGAGGGUUCCGGGGGACCUGGGGAGGAGGGGCAGCUGAGCCCGGGGGUGCUGGUCCGGUGUGCCAGUGGGCCUCCCCCACGCACCCCCCAUGUUGGACCUCCCCCAGCCACCAGGAGUCCCCAUCUAACUGCCCAUUCAGAGCCCUCACUCUGGAACCCAACCCCUCAGCAGUCUGACCAGCCCCCACUGUUGCCCCCCAAGAAGGAAAAGAUGAAGAGAAAGGGAUGUGCCCUUCUUGUAAAGUUGUUCAAUGGCUGCCCCCUCCGGAUCCACAGCACAGCCGCCUGGACACACCCCUCCACCAAGGAUCAGCACCUGAUCCUAGGGGCAGAGGAAGGCAUUUUCAUCUUGAACCGGAAUGAUCAGGAGGCCACGCUGGAGAUGCUCUUUCCUAGCCGGACGACCUGGGUGUACUCCAUCAACAAUGUCCUCAUGUCUCUCUCAGGAAAGACCCCCCACCUGUAUUCUCAUAGCAUCCUGGGCCUGCUGGAAAGGAAAGAGACCAGAGCAGGAAGCCCCAUCUCUCACAUUAGUCCUCACCGGCUACUCGCAAGGAAGAACAUGGUCUCCACCAAGAUCCAGGACACCAAAGGCUGCCAAGCGUGCUGUGUGGCGGAGGGCUCCAGCUCCGGGGGCCCCUUCCUGUGUGGGGCAUUGGAGACCUCUGUGCCGCGAACCUCCACCUCUCCGACAGAGCACAAGGGACCAGUCCAGGUGACCCAGGUGGAGGAAGACAAAGUUAUGGUGUUGAUGGACGGGUCCCUGAAGCUGGUGACUCCAGAGGGAGCCCCAGUCAGGGGGCUUCGAACCCCGGAGAUCCCCAUGACGGAAGCUGUGGAGGCUGUGGCGAUGGUCGGAGGGCGGCUCCAGGCCUUCUGGAAGCACGGAGUGCAGGUGUGGGCUCUGGGCUCUGACCAGCUGCUUCAGGAGCUGAGAGACCCCACCCUUACCUUCCGUCUGCUUGGCUCCCCCAGGCCUGUGGUGGUGGAGACACGCCCAGCAGAUGAUCCUACUGCUCCCAGCAACCUCUAC